GGCCCGGAUCGGGAAGUGUCAAGCCGGAGCCGGCUUCCCCCGCUUUCGCUUCGUGGCUACCACUGCUGACCCCAGAGCCCCUAACAGGCCUGGGCCCAGCCGCCAUGACGAACGUGUACUCUUUGGAUGGGAUUCUGGUGUUUGGUUUGCUCUUUGUUUGUACCUGUGCCUACUUCAAGAAAGUACCUCGUCUUAAAUCCUGGCUGCUAUCGGAGAAGAAAGGAGUUUGGGGUGUGUUUUACAAAGCCGCUGUGAUUGGAACCAGGCUGCAUGUGGCAGUGGCGGUCGCCUGUGUUGUAAUGGCCUUUUACGUCCUGUUUAUAAAAUGAAUUCCAAAGCGUCCAGCUCAUCAACUGCCAAUCAAGGGGAUGCGGGUGAAGAACCUGUCGGGGUCCCGGGCCCAGCAUAGCAGAGUUCAGCUAAAAUCAUCAAAGUCCCCAGGAUGACACCACAGCAUCCGCCCCUACCACAUGUGGGGAAAACAACUCCUUAUGGUCACAAACAUUGUUUAUGCUUCAGGGGACUCCAGAAAGCCAACUUCCUUUGAUUUAUGUGUAAAUCAGUCCUUGGUAGAGAGCGUAUGAUGUCCAGAUAAAUUGCAAGAUAAGAUUACAUACCUCCUGCUUAAAAACAUGUUACUUAUUUUGUUCUUCAGCCCCUCGGGAUCUUUUCAAACUGAGACUCAGUAGGGAAGAACAUAGGCUGUGUUCAGACCUCCUGGAAGGGGAUAAUUUUCGAGACUUGGCUUUUUUUCCUGUUCGAUUUGGAUUUGGCAAAUUGGGAACUUGGGGGAGGCCUGGGUGCAAUGCCAAGAAAUUGUUUGGCUUUGGAAGUUAAUCUUUCAUAUACCCAUCUGGGAACAUAGAGAGACAUGGCCUUCAUUGCAAAAAGAGAACAGAUGAAAUGUGUGCUGGUAGCUUGGGAAGUUUGCCAGGAGAAUCUGGGCCUACAUAAGGUUUGAGAAAUUAUAACCUGUCUGUGGUGAGAUCAGAAAAUGGUGACUUAAACAAGAAAAAUUUUCCUGUUCACCAAUAUCCUCAAAUGGAGACUUCACCCGAUCAAAUGAUACAUGGAGAAUGAAUCAACUGUUGCUAUUUUCCUAAAGCCUUUUUAUAUUUUCUAAAUUACUUAGCGCUAAGUACUGUUACUCAAGCAGUUUUAAAUGCCUCCACUAAGGGAAAGAGAAGCUAUUGAAGAAAUAAUUGUUUAAUAUAUUUGCAGUUAAGGUGGAAGAAAUAAAUCUAGUGUGUUAAUUCAUAUACUAGUAAGUUCAUCUAGUAUAAGAAUCAUGUUAGAUGGACGUUUCAUCAUGUUAUCUAAGAUGCAAACUUUUUCUUUGUUAUGUGUGGAUCGUUAUAGCAAUUUUUAGUUCAUUACUUGUUUAUCCUGGCCAACUCUUAACUUUCUUUAUGUUCAGUGCUCUUCAGCUGUUCUUAGAAACUCUAUUUACUAUGAGAACAUGAAGAAUUUGAAUGAGUGAGAGAGGUUGCUGAUAUUCAUAGGCUUGUUUGGACAGGUCAUAGAAUCCAUGAAUAAAAUGAGGGUAUUUUCAUGUUUUCUGAAGGAAAACAGGUUUGCAGUUGAGAUUGAUGGACUUUUUCAUGGGCUAUGGUAAGUCCUGAGCAAUUCAUUUUUGAUGACCCAACAUUUGAAGGGAAGUCCUCUCUAUUCCCUCCUACUAAUAUCUGUAAAAGCAUCAACUGUUAAAUAUUUAUAAAGCCUAGACCUUCUCUAUUAAAAAAAAAGAGUAGGUUUAAAAAUUAAGCAGUUGUAAAAAGAAGCAUAGACAUAGGUCUACCAGUUAAAUUGCCCACAAAGGUAAAAACAAAGGGAACUUAUCCCUGAAUUAUCUGUGGACAGGUUAGCUGUGGUUGACCCCUGUGUGACAGUGAAGUAUGUCUUUUGUUGACCUACUCCAAAAGAACAAAAGCUGCUGGGAAGUUUAGGUUCUGAAAUACGCAAUUUAGUGCUUUGAGAGUUUCUAGAAGUAGAAAGUCAUCCAGUAAACACUACAUGUGUACUCAUCUCAGAGUUGUCGCUGUUAUCUCUUCAGGAAUUGGUCCACAGGGUAAAUUUUCAGUCUGUUUCCCAUGGUCGUUUCUGAGGAUCUUUCAUAUGAGUACGGAAAUCUAGUGGAACCAGAAAAAAGAGUUACACCUUGUGGGUGUGAGUGUGGAACCUGUUGACCAAAGGGAAAAUUACUCCCUGGAAAUACAGGUUCAGCAUGUUUUGCACUUGUUAUUUUGUAGCUUUAAUGAAUUUUAUUUUCUAAUAGGGCUAAUGUCUCUAAGCUUAACACUUAGAGCUGCUUCAUAUUUUAAACUAGUUGCAUUUCACAGUUCUAGUUCAUACCAAUUUUUACAGCCUUCUGGGUGGGUCAUCUUGACCUAAACUCUUGUAUUGUUGUAUUUUGAAAUGUUUUCAUACCAGAAGGUACCAAAAAGUGUGCAGGGUGAAGAGAAUUUUCAGCAAGAGACAAACACACAGCUUAUUUCAUUUCUUGACUUUAUGUAAGCAGAUAAGCAGAAACUUGUUUAAUUGGUUACUUUGGUUGAUGUGUCGUAUACAUUUUUGACUAAAAAUUGUAGGAAGUUGUUCUCUGGGGGAGUCUUUUAGGGGUGAAGGACUGGGGAUAGCAAUAUUGCCUCAGAUUCAAACAGGCAUCACCAUAAACCCCGUAUGCCAGGUGGAAUGAAGUCAGCUCCUUUUUUAUAGUUGAAAUACAAUUUUUUAUUCACCAUUGUCUGCAUAAAUCCUUGAAAAUAAAAUUUUUCCCUACAAUAUUUGUCCAUUUUGUUUGUCACAUGCUGAAUUUGUUGAAUCUUGUUGAAUACUCCCCUCAGUUCUGCCCAUAGCCUACCUUUUCAGUUCACGUUAGUGAAUGCCAGUAUUCCUGUUACCCCCUUGUGGUCACUGAAUAUAUUGUAUGGUUCAGAAUCUGUGUGGCCUGGCUUUUGCCGUAGCGGGAGCUGAUACACACACAC